AUGGGCAGAAAACUAGACUUCACCUCCUCCUUCUUCUCUAGAAUAUUAAAGCACAGCACCGCCUCCUCUUCUCCUUGCACGCGACCGAAGACGCUUUCCUUCAGGCUGGAGCAUGACCCGGACGGUGCGUUCUUCGACCUCGCCGAGUCGUUGCCGUGCCUAAGUGAGUUGGUGGCCGGCGGGUUGAAAUCAGAGAGGCUCUUCUUUGAGCCGGGGACGACAGAGACGAGCUCUGUGUUGCCGUCGGCGUUGGAGGGGAGCGUGGCGAUGGAAGUGGAGUCGGACGACCCGUAUGAGGAUUUUAAGCGGUCGAUGGAGGAGAUGGUGAUGGCGCAUGGAGUGAGAGACUGGGCCUGGCUGGAAGAGAUGCUGCGGUGGUACCUGAAGGCCAACGGAAAGAGCACCCACGAAGUUAUCGUAGCAGCGUUCAUGGAACUACUUUGGAGAUUCAUUGCUUCCUCUUCCUCUUCCUCUGCUUCAAGAUCUUCUGUUCUUGAGACUGGAGAGUAA